AUGGAAUUAUGCAUUGUCAUAAAAUGAUAAAAACCAGGAAAGUGAAAAAUGUCAUGUUAUCUUGUGCAUUGUCAUAAAACCAUCUUGAAGAUUGCUAAAUUUGGCUCUGUACUAAGUGGAUACCUGAAGUAAAGCUCAAGGCAGAGAAAUUAAAGCAACAGUUUUAGGAAAGGAAUAGGUCCUUUCCUCAAUGCCAAAGUUUUAAACCAAAGUUUUUAUGCUUUUCUCAAUCAUGGGUCCAUAAAUAGAUAAUGAAUAGCUUCUAUAGUGCUGCUACAUACAUUAAAAUGGCAAUUUCAGGCCAACUUCUCCAGCAUAGUUUAUGGUCCAAACCGAAGUUUAGGCAUAGCCGUCAUGUCCCUCCAUUAAAGACGAACCAUGAAUCUGUUAUGAAAGUAUCACAACGAAAACUUCAAAUACGAGGCAUCAAGAGCAAACCUAACUGUUUGGUCACAUAUUCGAUGUUAAAUCCUCAAAAUGGCACGGAUAUGGGUACAUUUUCUCCAUCCGACACGAUCAUGAAGUUCUAUACUAGUAUCAACAACAAGGACAUGAACCAACUAGCGUUGCUCAUAGAUAAAGAUUGUUUCUUUGAUGAUUUCUCCUACACUCGACCUUUCCGAGGGAGAAAGGAGGCUUUGAAAUUUCUGGAGCAACUAACAACAUGUAUGGGGAAGAACACAGAGUUCUGCAUUGAACACAUUUAUGAGGGAGUUGAUCUUACAACUGUGGUAAACUGGCAUUUAGAGUGGAACAAGAAACAGCUUCCUUUCACUAGAGGCUGCAGCUGCUACGAAUUAUCAAGAGAUGGAGAAGAACUAGUCAUAAGGAAAGCUCAAGUAAUCGCUGAAUCGCCAAUCAAACCAGGAAGCUUAGCUUUGGAAGUGUUCCAGAAGGUCAUUUCAGUAUGUGAUGCUUUCCCUGAGACUGCUGAAUGUAUGCUGAUUUCUUAUGCUCUUUAUAUUCUCACCAACAAAAGAACGGAUACUUCUCAACACGGCAAAAUAAAGGGAUUUUUACACACUCUAGCCGCCCACCAAAAUAAUAGCCAGAAAAUGGUUCCUCGCGAUGAGUCCCAAACUGUUACUAAGUAUAUACAAUAUACUUAUCAUUCCUAUCUGGUCCAGCAUAGGUCCAUUUUUUGCCUGGUACCGCAAGUUAUGGAGAAUCAUAGUCACAAUUGUUACACUUAUCUACACAAUAUUCCUUUUCAUUGUAGAUAAGCUCCACAAGUAGAACAUGUACACAGAACAUUUUGAAGGCUUUACUUUUAUCUACAUAUAUAAAAGGUAGCAGACAAGACAGACUUCAUACAUUCAUAACAAGCACAGUAAAACCUUCAAAAUUUUCUUACUUCAAUCAUCGUUGCUAUCUGGUUUCGACCAUGAUUGAAGCAAUGAAAGAGCA